AUGGCCACGAUCACUGCCACUCUCCAAGCCCUUGUUGUUCAACAACCACCACCAGUUCGAGAAAAUAUUGAUCAUGAAAAUAAUAAUAACAGUAACGAUGGUGACAACGAAGAAAAUCCGUUUUCAGAAAUAGAUAACCCCUUUGCAAAUCUUCGCACCAACCGUCCCCUGACACAGGACAACGUCCAAAUUGCAGCAGCGGAUAAUCAUUGGGUAACAGGAUUCAAAACCGAGAUACCUGAGUUUCAUGGAAAUUCUUCGGCUGAAGAACUGCUCGAUUGGAUAGUCACGGUGGAAGAAGUUCUGGAGUUCAAACGAGCUCCAAUGGAUCGAUGUGUUCCUGUUUUAACGAUGCGUUUUCGUGGAAGAGCAGCUGCAUGGUGGACACAAUUGAAGACAACUCGUGCACGUCUCGGAAAACCAAAGAUCAUGUCAUGGGAUAAACUUACAUCGAAACUUAAGAAAACAUUCUUGCCUUACAAUUAUGACCAGCUUAUGUUUCAGCGUCUCCAUACCAUCCGCCAAGGCACUCGAUCUGUGGCUGAUUACUCUACUGAAUUUUUUUUACUUCUCAAUCGAGUUGAUAUACAAGACUCUGAGCGUCAACUGGUAGCACGGUUUACGGUAGGAUUACGACAACAGAUUAAACACACAAUCAAUCUCUUUCAUCCAUUGACACUGUCAGAAGCACAUCAACAAGCUUUAACUAUUGAGGCACAAACUAAAUUAUCCUUUUUAUCAUGGUCUACUGUUCGUUCUUCUCGACCAAAUCACAAUCCGACUGCGACAGAUGACGUUGUUUCUGUCAAAGCAGACACACCCAUUGUUCCAGCUCUUGACAAUCGGCAAACUCGACCAAACUCAAUUCGUUGCUUUUCUUGUGGAGAUAUAGGUCAUCGACAAUCUAACUGCCCUACUAAAAACAUAAGGGGCCUCCUCCUUGACACUGUCGGUAAUGACGUUGAAGUAAUUUACGAUGAGGAAGCUGCGGAGCCACAAGAUGAAGUGGAGGUUCUUACAGCUGAUAGUGGACCAGCAUUAAUGUUACGACGUAUGUGUUUAGCUCCGCGUGGAACAGAUAUCAACCCUCAACGACAUAGUCUUUUUCAUUCAAAGUGUACUAUUGGAGGCAAGGUGUGCAAAUUCAUAAUUGAUUCUGGAAGUAGCGAAAACGUCAUUGUUGAGGAAGUUGUGGGUGAUUCAUAUAAGGAUCAGAUUCAUUGUGAUGUUGCUCCAAUGGAUGCUUGCCAUCUACUCUUAGGACGCCCUUGGUUAUUUGAUCUUCGAGUACAACACGAUGGCUAUCGUAAUACCUACAGUUUUCGUUUCAAUAAUCGCAAUUUCACUCUACAGCCUUCUUUGCCCGAGAAACAGCAUACACCAUCAUCUCCAGUCCUUUUCUUGCAACAAAAGGCUUUUGAACAAACACUUCGAGAAGAGGGAUAUGUUCUAAUAUUGAUUAAUUCGGUCGUCAGAGAGCCUUUACCAUCACCUCCAGAACAUUUUCAAAGACUAUUGGAAGAGUUUCGGGAUGUUUUUCCCAAUGAGUUACCACCCGGCCUUUCUCCCCUUAGAUACAUUCAACACCGUAUUGAUCUAAUUCCAGAUGCUAUUAUUCCUAAUCGAGCUCAUAAUCAUAUGAGUCCGAGUGAGCAUGAAGAACUUAGACGUCAAGUUGAGGAUCUUGUGUUGAAGGGAUAUUUACGUGAAAGUCUGAGUCCGUGUGCAGUCCCAGCUUUGCUUAUACCAAAGAAGGAUGGAUCUUGGAGGAUGUGUGUCGAUAGCCGUGCUAUAAAUAAAAUUACAGUACGUUAUAGAUUUCCCAUUCCCCGUCUCGACGAUCUAUUAGAUCAAAUUGGAGCUGCAACGAUUUUCUCUAAACUGGAUCUUCGAAGUGGUUAUCAUCAGAUACGAAUCCGGCCAGGAUAUGAAUGGAAGAAGACUUUUAAAACUCGAUAA